AUGACGAGUAUGGGUCCAAAUCACCCUUUCAUUGUGUGGGGAGCAUGCUUCCUAUGGCUUGCGUCAAUGUUUGCUAUAACUUGGUCAUUGCUUUUAUUCUUUUGUGUCGGUGAUAUAUUGAUGUUAACUGGGACAGACGUCGUUAACGCGAUUGUUUUACUAUCUGGAAUUAUAAUGCUCCCAACAAACGUACACAUUCUAUGUUCUAUAGCAAAUGGUAGACGGAUUGAUUAUAAGUCGAAAGUUGUUUGCUGUCCACUGUGGCUAUGCAUUGUAUGGAUAAUAAUAAUAAACAUGUUGGGAGCUGCGUUUUGCAUUCAAAAGAUUUAUUCUGGCAAAUAUCCAACCCUUGAAAAGAUAAGCAAUACUAUAAAGCAUUAUAGAAGUGUACCAAAAUAUAAACAUUUUGUUGAUAACUUGCAGUGGUCUUUGAAAUGUUGUGGGCUUAAUUCCUAUAAAGAUUGGUUUAACCAUGAUUGGUACGAUAAAAUACGUGACUAUGAAUGGGAUCCGAGUGCUAAUAAACGCAAUGGCUACAAGAGAAGAGAGUUGGAGACUUUGUCAGAUAGCGUUCCAUUAAGUUGCUGUAAAAGUGGAUCGUGCAUAUCAAAUUAUUUGCUAGAACUAGGAACGCACUCAAUUAACACUAAAGGAUGUGGGAAUUUAAUAUAUCGCAUUAUAUUGUCAUCAAUGGUAGCUCACUUAAUAAUGUUCAUUUCUGUAAUUAUAGUUGAGAUUUUAAUUCUAAAGUAUAUAAUUCAAAAUAAUCCUUGUCCUCAAGAUAAAAGGCCGGUGAAUAUGAAUGUACGACACAUAAUGUCCGUGAAUGAUCGUUUCGCCUCCAGCAACUCACUUCAAAUGAAUCCUGAUGAUACAGAUUAUGAAAAUGAAGUUCAUCUUGGAGAUGUACGAAUGGAUGGUUCAGGAUUAACGAUAGUUAAUCGAGUUAUUGAAGAUGAAGAUUCAGAAAGUGCGAAGGAGACAAAAAAGUGGAGAUAUGAGGACGACUAG